AUUUUCAUCUUAUGUGCACAGAAGCCAUGAACCUCAUCUUACCUAUGUUAAUUGGAUUUUUUGUUCAUAUAUUUCUGUAUGUGGAAGUGUACAUUACAUAAUAUUUACAUAGUAGAAUUCAUCAUUUCAUUGAGAACCUUGAUAGAAUCAGAAACAGAGGCUACAGAGCCAUAUGUACGUACCCAGUACCCUGAGAAACAGAGGCUACGUUCACAUGAAAUGUUAUCUGUAAUACUCAUUAGGCAACAAUCCUAAUCAGAUGCAUUUUCAUUAAUUUUGCAGAUUCUUACUUUGCCUUUGAUUGGUUUCCCCAUGCUUUGAUCCACUCGUAGUUCUGUGAAGUAUUCCAUUUGUGGAGUAAACAGGGCAUUAGAGUUUAUUUGAUCCAUAACCGUUGUAGUUGUGCAUAAUCACCAAUCUUGUAAAUCUGUCAGAUGUAUUAGCUUGUGAAUGUCGACCAUUCUCACUUCUUUUUGUAGGCGGAUCUUUGUGGUCAUGCAACAUUGUGGAUUUGUCACAUUACUGGAUCAUAAUAUAGGAGUUGAUGAGAUAAAAAAAGGAAGAAGAGGAGCUAUAUGGCCAUGCUCGUGAAGAUGCCUGUGAAGUAUUUUAUGCUUUUCAAGAUUGAUAAAGAUGUUGGUAAACAGAAGCAUGUCAACUACUUUGUGGUUGAUGCAUUCACUGAUUCAGCCUUUAAGGGUAACCCUGCAGUAGUGUGCUUUCUAGAUGAUGAGAGUAAGAGAGAUGACGUCUGGCUUCAGUCUCUCGCCACCAAAUUCAACCUUCCUAUGACUUGUUUUCUUAUUACCAUCACCGGCUCCAAUCCCCCUCGCUUUAUACUGCGGUGGUUCACCCGCUUUGUGGGGAUGGUUAUUUGUGGUCACGCAACCUUAGCAUCUGCUCACAUUCUCUUCUCAAAUGGUUUGGUUGGUUCUGCUGAUACAGUUGAGUUUUUCACCCAGUCGGGGAUUCUAACUGCCAAAAGGGCGUUGAGUGACGGUGAAUCGAAAGAAGUCGAAUUGAAUUUACCUAUGAUCAGAAGAUGUGAGUACAACUCCAACGAUGUCUCCAUGUUCUCCAAAGCCUUAAACGGAGCUACCAUUGUUGACGUCAGAGGAACUACAACAGCUAGCACCAUCCCUGAAGCCUUGAAUGGAGUUGCCAAGGCAGCUUCAACCGACAAAAUCAUCGUAUGCUCUUCAAGAAACUUCAAAAACUAUUACUUAUAUUGAAAACAGAUUGACCUGAAAAUGCUCCAAUUUCUUUCCUCAUCUUUAUAUGACUGAGAAUCCGGACAAAGAUGUAUUUCUAUAAUGAAUAUUGUAUUCAUGAUCUGAUUACAGGUUGUGCUUCCAUAUUGGGAAUCUGUCAUUGAAUUGCAGCCAAGAGUGGGUGAUAUCAUGAAAUGCCUCGGCAAAGUGAUGAUUGUUACCGCUGCUGCUCCUCAAGGAUCUCCAUUUGAUUUCUGCAGUCGACUCUUUGCUCCUAAACUAGGGCUCCUAAACUAACCUGCACUUUCAUAGGAGCAACUCUUCUCUUCUUACUUGUCGUAGCCACCAACAAAACAUCAAAAAUCUUUACCUUUACCUCUACCUCAUUUGAUUGGUGCUUUUGUUCCUUCAAGACUCUGUAUGUGGAAGUGCACAUUGUUCAUUAGCACAUUACUCGAGCCUCAAGAUGAACAAGUCUGAUUUCGUUGCCUAUGCAGUGAUUCCUCUUUCUCUGUAACUAACUAACAUUUUGAAGCAAAGAAGAAACACAUUUUACAGAAUCAACAAAUUUGUUUCAGGCGAAUAACUUAAGGUUCAUUAUGAUAAGGAUAAACAGAGAGUCUCGCUCGCCCGGAAAGUUGUGACCGUCAUGAACGGCUCCAUAUUAGUUUAAUCUUUUGACAUUU